UCAGAACCUCAUAUCGUCUCGGACAAAGAUGCAGCUUAACGUCCUGCCCGUGCUCUGCCGAUAAACUCAAGAGUUACUAAAAGAAAGAGGACAAGAAGCGGCACACAGGUGGUUGUUUGCGGGCACUCUGCACUGUUGCGCAUAAAGUUCCCACUGCGCACCGGCACAAUGCUGUUACCGUCCGGCACCCUCUUACUGCUGGCGGCUCUCUACUCAAGUGUAGACCUGACAUGGGCUGAGGGCUGCGGGGCAUCAUGUGGAAAAUGUGACUGCAGUGGUGUGAAAGGAACAAAGGGUGAGCGUGGAUUUCCUGGUCUUCAAGGUAAUAUGGGAUUUCCAGGGAUGCAGGGACCUGAAGGUCCUCCAGGACCAAUGGGCCCCAUGGGAGGUCUUGGUGACACUGGAACUCCUGGACUGAAAGGAGUGCGGGGUCCUUCUGGUCUGCCAGGUUUCCCAGGAAACCCAGGACUACCAGGCAUCAAUGGAAACGACGGCCCACCUGGUUCACACGGUAUCCCAGGAUGCAAUGGGACCAAAGGAGACAGAGGAAGGGAUGGCACUUCUGGUUUUUCCGGUCUUCAAGGACCUCCUGGCAUCCCAGGACUUCAUGGAAUGAAGGGUGACCCUGGUGGUGUGAUCGGGAUUGUUCCGCUGAAAGGAGACAGAGGAUUACCUGGCACACCUGGAUUACCUGGAUCAAGUGGAAAUGUUGGAGUUACUGGACCUCCAGGAAAUCGAGGCUUUCAAGGACCCAAAGGUGAUCCUGGCCUCGCUGGCCCUCCUGGAGAGAAGGGUGACAAGCUGGCCUUUGUGAGUGAGAAAGGAGCUAAGGGUGAUCAAGGAUAUCGUGGCCCACCCGGCCCUCCUGGACCUCCAUCACUCGGAGUGGAAGGAGUACGUCCCACAGUGCAUUUACCUGGACCACAGGGUGAAAGAGGACUUACAGGAGACAAAGGAGACACAGGUCAAUGCAUCCCUCAUGCAUUUGGUGUCAAAGGUGAACAAGGCCCGCCUGGACCAAGUGGUAAAUCUGGCAAGGAUGGAGUAGAAGGGCUGAAGGGAGAAAAAGGCCUUCAAGGAUCUAUUGGAUACAUUGGUUCCCAGGGUGAAAAGGGAGAAAGUGGACCACCAGGUUACGGUGAUGGCGGCUCUGGUCGUCCUGGUUCUCCUGGUUUCCCAGGGUUACAAGGACAAAAGGGUUUUGCUGGUCCUCAGGGAGAGGCAGGUCCACCAGGCCAGCACAUUGAAGGGCCUCGUGGAGAGAGUGGUCAGAAGGGAAACAUUGGUGAGAAAGGAGACAGGGGCAUUGAAGGAGAGUCUCUCGUUGGUCCUCCAGGACAACCAGGAACCCCUGGACUCUCUGGACCACCUGGACAACCGAUUGACCGUAAUGAAUGUAACAUAAAGAAAGGAGCUCCUGGCCCACCUGGACCUCCAGGGUUAUUAGGAGAAUUUGGACAGAAAGGUGACACAGGGGAUAACUGUGUUAAAUGUGAAGGUUUCGGCCCACCUGGCCCCCUUGGCCCUAAAGGAGAUCGAGGACCUCCGGGGCCAGUAGGAGGCAAGGGAGAAAAGGGUGGGGAUGGCUCUUCUGGACAACCUGGGAAUCCUGGUUUUCAAGGUAUUCCUGGGUUAAUGGGAGCCCCUGGUGCUGUUGGCGAGCCUGGGGACAUUGUCGGAGUUGAUGGUUUGAAAGGGGAGAAAGGUCUGCCUGGCAUUUCUGGUUCGCCGGGGCAGCCAGGGCUGGAUGGACCGCAAGGGAGAGAUGGCCUCCCGGGUAUACCUGGCUUUAAAGGGGAAUCGGACAAAGAGGGCAUCAAGGGUGACCGUGGACCAGUUGGAGACCCUGGUCAUAUUGGGCCUCAGGGAGAGAGUGGUCCACCUGGCCUGCCAGGCUUUGGUCGACCAGGAGAACACGGAGAGAAGGGCAGUCAAGGGAGACCAGGCAUUCCUGGAACUCCAGGACCAUCUGGUGCUAAAGGUGAUCCAGGUAAAGGUGUGAGCACUCCUGGACCUCAGGGAGGACCUGGAACACAUGGAGAAACCGGCAUACCUGGACUUCAAGGUGACAGAGGCCUUCCGGGAGACCCAGGGUUGCCAGGUUUCCCUGGACUGAAGGGUGAACAUGGACCCUCUGGAAUUGGAUUUCCAGGCCUAACUGGUUCUAAAGGAAACAGUGGCGUUCCAGGAGCUUCAGGAUUAUCAGGAGAGCCAGGAAGACCAGGACAGGAUGGCUUGACUGGACAAUCUGGUACACCUGGACAAAAAGGUGAACCAGGGCAGGGUCUUCCAGGCCCAAAAGGUUCGCAAGGCCUCCAAGGAAUUACUGGCUUCCAGGGAGACAAGGGUACCAUUGGACUACCUGGUGUUCCUGGACGAGAAGGCCAGACAGGACCACCGGGACAUCAGGGAAUCAAAGGUGGGGUGGGACCCCCAGGACCUCAUGGACAGAUUGGCUUACCAGGUUCUCCAGGGAAAGGUUCGCCCGGAGUCCCCGGACCACAAGGACCAGCUGGAGAGACUGGACCAUAUGGUGGGGAAGGUGUAAAGGGAGAAAGGGGCUACCCAGGCUCUCCUGGUCUGGACAUGCCGGGGCCUCAGGGAGAAAAGGGAACAUCCGGGUUCCCAGGAAACCAAGGUUCUAAUGGACUGCCAGGGCAACCAGGUCUACCCGGCAGGGACGGAUUAAUCGGAAACCAAGGUUUUAAAGGUGAAAUGGGGGUCAUAGGAACACCGGGAGUACCAGGAUUUCCUGGACCAACUGGUACAGCUGGAUCUCCUGGACUGAGAGGUGAUUCUGGUAUAACUGGACCAAGAGGUAUUAUUGGAGAAACUGGAGUUAAAGGAGAAAGGGGAGAUCAAGGUCUUCAGGGACCUGCUGGCAACAUGAGUGAUGUUGACAUGGAGCACAUGAAGGGGGAGAAGGGAGACCACGGAAACAGAGGUAACACUGGGUCCACUGGAGAUAAAGGCCACCGUGGACUUCCUGGUAACCCUGGAAUGCCAGGCAAACAUGGAGAGCCUGGAUUAGCUGGACAACCAGGUGAGAAAGGAGACUCUGGUUUUGCCGGAGAUCCUGGCAGUAUGGGACCACCUGGACAGAAAGGCACUGGAGGAGAGAUGGGAAUACCAGGUGUGGUUGGUCCAUCGGGUCCUAGAGGAAAUAUUGGUACACCGGGACACACCGGAUUCAGAGGCACAGAUGGACUGAAAGGAGACAAGGGAACAGCUGGCGAUCCAGGUAUUGGGCUACCAGGACAUUCAGGAGAAAAGGGGCAGAUAGGCCUGCCAGGAUUCCCAGGAUCAACAGGAGAGAGGGGUCUGAAGGGUCAUGAGGGUAUGUCCGGCACACCAGGACUGCAAGGAACAAAGGGAGACAAAGGAACCAUCGGGUAUUCAGGUCAGCCAGGGAGACCAGGCGAUAAGGGUACCACUGGGCUGCUGGGGUCUGAAGGAGAAUCUGGUCAGGACGGUCGCCCUGGUGAAGGUGGCUUGCAGGGACCUCCUGGUGUUUCUGGAGAGAAGGGAGAUCCUGGAGUGGAUGGUAUCCCUGGAUCCUCAGGGGAGAGAGGAGACCCAGGUAUACCCGGUCGAGGUUUCUCCGGAACACCUGGAGUGCUUGGUAGCAAAGGUGACAUAGGUAUUCCUGGCUUCCCUGGCACUCCAGGUCAUCCAGGUGUCCCUGGUAUCAAAGGUGACAAGGGACUUUUAGGCUCACAUGGACCCCAGGGUGUGACAGGAGAGAGGGGGUACACGGGUAUGUCCAUUGAGGGCCCCAAGGGAGAGACGGGAGUGACGGGACAACCCGGUGAAGCAGGAUCCCCAGGAGGACCAGGACCCUCUGGUGUGCCAGGCAGAGAUGGCUUUAAGGGAGACAUAGGAGAUCAGGGUCUCCCUGGUUUCCAGGGAGAGUCAGGACAUAAGGGUGACCCUGGAGUUUCUGGACUUCCUGGACAAACUGGCCUUCCCGGUAUCGAUGGACAGAAGGGAGUGAGGGGAUUGCAGGGUGUCCCCGGCUUCCCAGGUGCAAGGGGUCAUUUUGGGGACAUUGGAGUCAAAGGAGAAGUUGGAGACAAUGGAUUUCCAGGAGAAAAGGGCAUUGAUGGCCCCCCUGGUCCCCCCGGCCCCCACACCUUCACCAAAGGAGACAUCGGGUUUCAAGGUACUCAAGGAUUACAGGGACCCCAGGGGCCAUCUGGGUACCUUGGACAAAAAGGACAGCAAGGUGUGACAGGUAUUCGAGGGCCAAAGGGUGAAGACGGUAUUCCUGGAUAUCACGGUCAGUCCGGAUCCAAAGGAGAUCUUGGCCUUCCAGGCCCACAGGGACCCAGAGGACACCCUGGCCCCCCAGGACCCGACGGUGUUCCAGGUCAAGUGGGUCACACUGGCCCCUCCUCCAUGGAUCACGGGUUCCUGGUAACCCGUCACAGCCAAACGGUGGAGGUUCCAACUUGUCCUGAGGGAACCUCGCUCAUAUAUGAUGGCUACUCCUUGCUCUACAUACAAGGCAACGAGCGUUCCCAUGGACAGGACUUAGGUACGGCAGGCAGCUGUCUAAGGAAGUUUAGCCCCAUGCCGUUCCUGUUCUGUAACAUCAACAACGUGUGCAACUUUGCCUCCCGUAACGACUACUCCUACUGGCUCACCUCCCCUGAGCCCAUGCCCAUGACUAUGGCACCCAUCACUGGCCAAGGCAUCAAACCCUUCAUCAGCAGGUGUUCUGUGUGUGAAGCUCCAGCCAUGGUCAUAGCAAUUCACAGUCAGACCAUCAUGAUCCCAGCAUGCCCUCACGGCUGGGACUCUCUAUGGAUUGGUUACUCCUUUGUCAUGCACACCAGUGCUGGUGCUGAGGGCUCCGGCCAGGCUCUGGCCUCUCCUGGUUCCUGCCUGGAGGAAUUCCGCAGUGCUCCCUUCAUCGAGUGUCACGGUCGUGGAACCUGCAACUACUACGCCAACUCCUACAGCUUUUGGCUCGCUACCAUUGAAGACAGUGAGAUGUUUACGAAACCUGUCCCCACAACGCUAAAAGCAGGCAGUCUUCGAACACACAUAAGCCGCUGUCAGGUGUGCAUGAAGAGGACAUAAACCCCGACACCAAAGUCCUUCCUAACCUGCGAGCAAAACUGUGUGUGCUGACGUCCUUGACUUGCUUAACUUGCUGUUUUCAAACGAUGGUGCUAUUUGCCUGCAUGUGACAGGAGAGGGACAGAGGUGUGGUUUGCAAAACAGCUGGAGAUUGAACAUUAUAAACCAGUAAACAAAGACCAAGCAGCCUUUUGCUUCAUGCAGAACAAGAUAAUCACAACAUGUCUCUAAAGAAUUGCACCCAGUUUACCACUGCACUGAGUACAUGCCCCCUAAACUGGUAAACUUGUGUUCAUUUUGUGUGAGUCAGGUGCUACUCAAUCUUCCUUAUCUGCCUUAUCUGUCUUAUUCCAUUUAGUUUUUUCCUUCUCCAUAUCAGCGCCACAGCAUUCAAAGAUAUAGCCACAUUUUAUUCUAGAUUUUAACUUGUGUAAACAUACUAAUGUAAAUGAUGGGACUUACCACUGGUUGCAGACACUUGUCAUUUGCUAAAUCACCAUAACGUUGCAGACACAGAUAUAUAACAAUCACUCUGUUGUAAAUAUAAUGCAUUCCUCUCUAACAUAGUUCAACAUACUCUCCUCAGGUUAUUAUUGAAAUACUUUGUGUGUUAGUAAGUCCAUUUUUAUUUAUAAGAUUUAUGAGAAUAUGUUGGACUUGAGUGUAUCUGAGAUUCCCUUGAUCCAAAAAAACCAGUGUUUCAACAUCUGACUAUCAGCGCCUUAUUAACAUACAAAACAGCACUGAAGGAGCAUUGACCUGCGUGUGUGUGUGUGUGUGUGUGUGUGUGUGUGUGUGUGUGUGUGUGUGUGUGUGUGUGUGUGUGUGUGUGUGUGUGUGUGCGCGUGUGUGUGUGUGUGUGUGUGUGUGUGUAUGAGUAUACAUAUAUGAAUGGAUUUGAGCUGCUUCUGCUUGGAAUUGGGGUGUGUUUUGUGAUAUCUGCAUACACAUUGUUGCACCACCCUAUGUUGUUAAAAAAAUCCCAAACAGAUGCAUAAAAAGAAAUAGACCAAAAAAAGAAAAUCACCUUUGUGUUUAACAGCUGUGUGCUAAAGGAUUUCCUCUUCUCACAUUACGUGAACCAAAUGUUUCUGAUCCCAAAGAAAUGCACAUGUAUAUAUACUUACUCAUAACAUAUACUUGACUGUUCCCCUUUGUGAAUUACUUUUCUUAUCCCUGUUGAUUUCAUGAAAAUUACGAGUGAAGGUCACACAUUUGUUUAUCCCUAAUAUACAUUUUUGUAUAACCUCAGACAAUGUUUUUACAUCCCUUUCACAACUAUUUAAAGAUGCAAGCUAUUUCUACUGUUAAAGUUACAGCAGUUACUCUACACUGACCGUAACCUGUUUUUGUUUGUGUUGUGUGCAUGGUUGUGAGGAAAUGCUCCAUGAAGUAUAUACAAUAUCAGUAAACAAACCUGAUUACAGUGGAAAUAAUCUUAACUAAUAAACAAACAGAGAAAAACAUACUUCCUCAACAUUUUAUAUUUUCCAGAUCCCAUACUGUGUAAUUCCUGCAAUAAAGUCAUUUGUAGAAUUUU